AUGCUAAAGGCGAAAUGUUAUAGCAACAGUAUUAUUUGUGUAUUCUAUAUUUUGUUCUACGCCAGUCUGACGUUUAUAUGCUGCUUUAUUCCAAAAUAUAAUAACAAUAAACCUGUGAAAUUCUCCAAAAUUAUAGUAUAUGAAAACAUAAAUAAAAAAGAAGACUUAGAAUAUAAACCUUUUAAAAACAUUAGUUUCAAUAAACUUAAGACAAAUUUAAAAAAAUUUUUAGUUGUAAAUAAAAAAUUUAACAUAUCGGACAUUAAGCACGUUUCGUUCUUAGGAAAAUUCCACAAUUAUGAAAAAAUUGAAAAUUAUGGAGUAAAUGAAAUAUGUAUAUUAGGCAGGAGCAAUGUAGGAAAAUCAACAUUUCUUAGAAAUUUUAUAAAAUAUUUAAUAAAUGUUAAUGAACAUCAUAACAUUAGGGUAUCAAAAAAUAGUGGCUGUACAAGGUCAAUUAAUUUAUAUUCAUUUGAAAAUGCAAAAAAAAAAAGGUUAUUCAUUCUUACCGAUAUGCCAGGUGUCGGUUAUGCAGCAGGGAUAGGGAAAGAAAAAAUGAAUUAUUUAAGAAAAAAUUUAGACGAUUACAUAUAUUUACGGAAUCAAAUUUGCUUAUUUUUUGUUUUAAUUGAUAUGACUGUUGACAUACAGAAAAAUGAUGUUGCAUUAGUGGAUGCCAUACGAAGAACCAAUAUCCCCCUUCGGGUUAUCUGCACCAAAAGCGAUAAGUUUAAUUCAAACCCUGAUGACAGACUUAACGCAAUUAAAAAUUUUUAUAAACUUGACAAGAUUCCAAUAAGUAUUUCUAAAUUCUCUAAUCAUAAUUAUAUUAACAUCUUUAAAGAAAUUCAGUAUUACUGUAAUUUGGAUGCCCCAUGA